UUAAAAGAUGAUGUUAGCGUAGACAGACAUCGUAUUUAUAAAUACGUACAUGGACUUCCAUAAUGGUGUUGUGCUUUUGCCUUAUACGAAAAUACUUGAUGAAACAUUGCAUAAAUGGUUUAAGUCUAAUUAUGACGAUUGCUGUAUAAAAAAACUAAGUAUACAGAAAAGUAUAGUUCAUGAUUUAUUUUAUGAUGGUAUGUGGCAGCAACCUGUAAAAAAUACAUAUUGGACACAUAAUGAUAGUCAAUGGGCAAACGCGACAAGUGUAGAUAUUAACAGAUGUAUUGAUUCAGCUGGUAAAGGAUUUCAAGUUUGGAGUACUAAAUCUAUUACUUAUAGAACGCAAGUAUUAUUCCAAUUUGCAUCUAUAUUAAGAUAUAACGGUAAAUCUGCAUUGGCAGAUUUAAUAUCAUCAGAUAUAGAAAAAUUCUCGUAUAUCUGUCAAAAUUCUCUAUCGUGUUCACAAAAAGGAAGAUUAGAAGUAACGAAAAUUCGUAAUUCAAAGGGCGUUGUUAUUUUGAAGGAGGAAGAUGAAACUGUUUUAUUUUGUCGACUAAUUCAAAUUUUAACUUUUGGUAAUUCUGUUAUUGUAAUAUGCAAUACAAAUUCCUAUAGUUUGGCACCAUAUUGUAAUAUGUUUUCGACAUCUGCAAUACCACCAGGUGUUAUAAAUUUGUUGUCAAAUGAAGAUAUAAAAAAACUAGAAUUAGCUUUAUGUGGAACAAACUAUGAAAGGUAUGCAGAACAAUUUUUCUCAGAAAACAACAUUGAAAAAAUAUACAUGAACCUUACCAUACCCAAACAAAUUAUACUUCCACUUAAAUAG